AUCUCCUCGCGAGCGCUCUCUUACGCUCUCUCUCUCGACCUCGUCUCUUCUCCUUCAUUGGCGGCGGCGAAUCCCUCCGCCGCACCGGAACCCUAAGAUGCAGCACACGGCAGCGAAGGUCGGCGGCGGCGGCGGUGAGCCCCGGCAACGUCCGCAGUGGGCGGCGGCCCCGUAUUCGCCGGCGCCGGCGAUGGCGAUGCCGCACCAGAUGAUAGCGGCGCCACCGCCGCAGUUCCCGCAGCAUUUUGUGCCGUUCCGCCACCCGCCGCCGCCGCCGCCGUCGCCGUCGCCGCAGCGCUACCAGGGGGCGGCGGCGGCGGCUGCGCCGGGUGGCGGGGAGGAGAAUAGGGCCAUCUGGGUGGGCGAUCUCCAUUACUGGAUGGAUGAGAACUACCUACAUAGCUGUUUCGCCCACACCGGCGAGGUGAUAUCCAUCAAGGUUAUUCGCAAUAAGCAAACUGGAAUGUCAGAGGGAUAUGGCUUUGUAGAGUUCUAUACACAUGAAGCAGCUGAAAAAGCACUCCAAAGCUUUGCUGGUCAUAUAAUGCCUAACACUGAUCAGCCUUUUAGGCUGAACUGGGCAUCCUUCAGCAUGGGAGAUAGGCGCUCUAAUAUUGCUUCUGAUCACUCCAUUUUUGUGGGGGAUUUAGCUUCCGAUGUCACUGAUGAAACACUGCAGGAAGUUUUUGCUAGCAAGUAUCCAUCAGUGAAAGGUGCAAAAGUUGUCAUGGAUGCAAACACAGGGCGUUCAAAGGGUUACGGUUUUGUUAGGUUUGGAAACGCUGAUGAGAAGGCACUAGCGAUGAAUGAAAUGAAUGGUGUAUAUUGCUCUAGUAGGCCUAUGCGGAUCGGUCCUGCGACCCCCAGAAAGUUUUCAGGUGGUUCUGCACCCAAUGGUGCGUCAGCACAAUCUGAUGGAGAUUCAACAAACACAACAGUAUUUGUUGGAGGGCUCGACCCAAAUGUCAGCGAAGAGGAUCUCAGGGAAGCCUUUUCUCAGUAUGGUGAGGUAGCUUCAAUAAAAAUCCCAGUUGGAAAACAAUGUGGGUUUGUGCACUUUGUUGAGAGAAAGAAUGCGGAAGAAGCAUUACAAGGGCUGAAUGGGAAAGUUAUUGGGAACCAAACGGUUCGUCUUUCAUGGGGUCGUCACCCAUCAAGUAAACAGCCGAGGGCAGAUGCUGGCACUCAGUGGAACGGUAUGUACUACGGAACACCAUUUUACAACGGAUAUGGUUACGCCACACCUCCUAUGCAUCCGAGCAUGUAUCCUGCCGCAUAUGGGGCAUAUUCCAUAUACGGAAGUCAGCAACAGGUGAACUGAAGAGCGCCUUUUCCGAACCGGCUUAAAUGAGCAGCGACAAGUAGAUGGGUAUUAGGUGAGUUAAAUGCAGUAACUAGCUAUUUAUAGUAGAUUAUUUUUAAAACCAGCAUAAGUCUCUGUUUGACUUCUUUAAGUUUUCUGUCAAAUUCUUUAAAAAAUUUUGAUUGGAUUUUGGAAGUAAGCACGGUAAUUGUAAACCUGUUUACGCGUGAGCUUUUAAGUCCAACAUUUGUAACGACGGUCAUUAAUAAUGCUAGCCUACUAGAAUUCAUAUACUAAAGUUAUGAAUGUUAAAUUGUGCUGCAAUGCACAAACAAAUAAAGGCUUGUUUCUGCUAUGGUUAA